GUUGACCUUCAGACUUCUACAGUUUAUACAAAAAUUAAUAUUUGGUUUGUGAGCUGAGGUUUAACGUUUGUAUGCGAAGCUAACUUUACUGAGGAAUGGAUGCCCCUACAAAGAUGUGGUCCCCUAAUGGACAGGAGACUAAAAUGGACGAGUUCAGAGAGAGAGUCAAUAAAGAGCUCAAGCUGACAUUGAAAACGUAUGCAGACCUGUGGCAGUGGUCGGUUGAUCGGUAUGACCAGUUUUGGGAGCAGUUCUUCCACUACUCCACCCUCCAGUACUCGUGUGUCUACGAGAAGGUGGUGGACACAAGUAAAAACAUAGCGGAAAUCCCGGAGUGGUUUCAGGGGUGCAGGAUGAACUAUGCAGAGAACCUGCUCCAGCACCAGGACGACAAAACUGCCAUUAUCACUUAUGGUGAGGGCCAAGAAGGUGUCUCCGUCAGCUUCUCUGAGCUCCGACAGAGGGUGGCUACGCUAGCGGCUGCAAUGAGGGGGUAUGGCAUUGGAGAGGGGGAUAGAGUCGUCGGGUACCUUCCUAACUCCUCCUUUGCAGUGGAGGCCAUGUUGGCUACUGCUAGUAUAGGAGCAGUGUGGAGCUCCACCUCUCCUGACUUUGGAGUAUCAGGAGUACUGGACAGGUUCACCCAGAUCAAGCCCAAGCUCAUCUUCUCUGUGGAGGCCGUCCGCUACAACAACAAGACUCAUAGCCACCUUCAAAAGCUGUCUGAAGUGGUUGCUGGUUUGCCUGCUCUGGAGAUGGUGGUCAUCUUCCCCUUUUGUGGGACACAGAAUAUCGACACAAGCUCAAUACCAAACAGUGUUUUGUUUGAGGACUUUGUGGAGGACUUCAGGGGGGCAAAGGAAUUGAAAUUUGCCCAACUCCCCUUUAACCACCCCCUCUUCAUCAUGUUCUCCUCUGGUACCACUGGGGUGCCCAAAUGCAUGGUGCACUCAGCUGGGGGCACUCUGAUACAGCAUCUGAAGGAACACAUUCUCCAUGGCAACAUGACAAGCAGUGAUGUCAUGUUCUAUUACACAACAACUGGAUGGAUGAUGUGGAACUGGCUGGUGUCUGCGCUGGCAGUGGGAGCUACUAUAGUGCUGUACGAUGGCUCUCCCUUCAUACCCUCUCCCAAUGUGCUCUGGGACUGUGUCGACAAGUUUGGUAUAACAAUCCUGGGAACAGGUGCCAAGUGGUUGUCAGCUCUGGAGGAGCGCAACAUUCACCCGAUAGAGACCCACUCCCUCACCAGCCUCCAUACCAUCCUCUCCACCGGCUCACCCCUCAAGCCUCAGAGCUACGACUACGUGUAUACUCGCAUUAAGGAUGACAUCAUGCUCGGAUCAAUCAGUGGAGGUACGGACAUCAUCUCGUGUUUUGCUGGUCAGAACCCGACUGUGCCAGUGUACAGAGGGGAGCUUCAGAGUAGGAACCUGGGCAUGGCUGUGGAGUGCUGGGACACCGACGGUAAGGAGGUGCUUGACGACAGUGGGGAGCUGGUGUGUACCAAGCCCUUCCCCUCCAUGCCCACCCACUUCUGGAAUGAUGACGAUGGCAUCAAGUACACCAAGGCAUACUUCACAAAGUUCCAAGGUGUGUGGGCCCACGGUGACUAUUGUGUCAUUAACUCUCGGACAGGUGGAAUCGUCAUGCUUGGACGAAGCGAUGGUACUUUGAACCCUGCUGGAGUCAGAUUCGGCAGUGCAGAAAUCUACAACAUAAUUGAGCAUAUGGAAGGCAUAGCCGAUAGUCUGUGUGUGGGUCAGCGUAUUAGCGGUGGUGAUGAAAGGGUUAUCCUCUUCCUCAAGAUGACACCCGGCCACUCAUUCUCGGAGGAUAUUGUCAAAAAGGUCAAGGUUCAACUCAGGACACAGCUAUCCGCUAGACAUGUACCGGCAGUUGUCUUGGAAACCACAGACAUACCAUACACCAUCAACGCUAAGAAGGUGGAGGUAGCUGUUAAGAAGAUAAUCUCUGGAGAGGAAGUCCAACAAAGAGGGGCGCUGGCCAACCCGCAGUCGCUCGACUUGUACUACAACAUACCAGAGUUGCAGCUAUCAGGACAGAACCACUAACUUAUAACUAGCUUUGUGGACUCUAUCUCUAUGCCAUAUAUUUUUAGCACAGCGAGUUGUUUUUAGGAACUAAUUUACAAUGUUUACAUGUACCCCCCCUCUGUUAAGUAACAGCUGCACAGAUUUUAUUAUGUAAUUGACAUGAACACGUUUAAAUUAAUGCAGAUCUCAGACAAUUUUCAAU